AUGUCAAACCUCCAGGUGGCCGUAUCUGUUGCCGCCUUCUCCGUCCCUCAGCUCAUCUUUGCGAUGGACUCGUUCGCCGGAGCCGGAUUGCCAUACCACCUGCUCUUUGAAUCCAGCUGCGUGGAGUUGCUGAAACGGAGCAGCUCACAGAACAUCAGCUGGGGUCAGGCUGUUGGCAUCCUCGAGUCCUGCGCCGCAGUGGGACUGUGGCUGCCGGAAUUGUCGCUCUUCUACCGAAGGCUUCGGCGGCAGCAGGAGUUGGCCCGCAUGCCCACGAUGGGCUUAAUCCGCUUCCUGUCCGCUGCAACAGACCUUGAGCUGACUGACAAGGCUGGGACCGACGUCCGAGAACUCCUCAACAGGAUCCUUGCGGAGACCUUACCGGAGAGGCCACUGCCUUUAGAGGAGACGGCCAUCAUUCUGCAGAGCUUGCAGAACUCCGGCACGGUUCCGCCUGAAAAGCAACUUCGUCAUCUUCUCAGCUGGGUCGCUCACACUCGGCCAAGCCAGUUUACGCAGAUGCAACUGACGGUGUUGCGCCAGUUCAUUCUGUUUGUCCUUACGCAGGCCGAGGACAUCCAGCGAGCUUCCCUGCAUCGCAUGCCGGUGGAGAUGCAGACCUUCAUCUCCGAGCAAUCGGAUGGAGAACGCCCGCGGUGGCAUCGCCGAGGCAACCAGACAUCUCCGAUCUCAGGUGACUGA